UCUGUCCAGAGAAAUACGCGCGGCUGGCUUCGCUCACUCUCUUGGAAAAGUUGGCGUCCUUCCUUCCUUCCCUCUCCCUCGUUUCCUUUCUCGCUGCGUCUUCGCCUCCCGGUUCCCUCGCCGCUACCCACCGCCCUACCUCAGCGGGUCAGGCAUUGCAAACCCGCCCCCCCUUCCCCCGGCUUGCGGGAGUUAAACUUGUUUUUUUGCAAAGGGAGCCUGCCUCUGUUUCACUCCAUAAGUAGGAAGCGUAAAAUGUCCGUUGCAAGUUAUGAACAAGGUUUGGAGCUGCAAGCAACUCAGAGAAAUCAGCGGACCAAGGAGCCAUUUGUUGAGAUUGAUAAUGGUAAAGUAGAAGAUCAAGGGGAGCCAAGCACAUGUGCUUAUAUUCUUAAGAAGAUUUCUCCAUUUGUGAUGUCUUUUGGAUUCAGAUUCUUUGGUGUUGUGCUUAUUUUUGUGGACAUUCUACUUGUGAUUGUAUCUCUAGUGAUCGAUGACCAAAACAGUCAUGUUGGAGAGGUUAUUGGAAGCAUCUCUUUGGCUAUAGCGCUCUUCUUCUUCAUAGAUGUUCUCUUGCGAGUGUGUCUUGAAGGCUUCCGGAAUUACUUCUCAUCCAAGCUAAAUAUUCUAGAUUCUGUCAUUGUUGUAGGCACGCUGUUGAUAAAUAUAGCAUAUUCUGUCUCUGACUUAGGCGGACUAGGCCAAAUUCCAAGAAUGGUGGUUUUCUUCCGAUCCCUGAGGAUUGUAAUUCUGAUUAGAAUAUUUCGUUUAGCUUCUGAGAAAAGACAACUUGAAAAAGUCGCCCGGAGGAUGGUCUCAGAAAAUAAAAGACGUUAUCUAAAAGAUGGCUUUGAUUUGGAUCUCACUUACAUCACUGCUCGUGUUAUAGCAAUGUCCUUUCCGUCUUCCGGGCAGCAGUCUUUCUACAGGAAUCCUAUAAUGGAAGUUGUGAGGUUCUUGGAUACAAAGCAUCAAGGCCACUAUAAAGUCUACAACCUUUGCAGUGAACAGGGCUAUGACCCACUGUAUUUCCAUUACAGGGUGGAACGGCUGUUCAUCGAUGACCAUAAUGUUCCUACUCUAGAGGAGAUGCUCAAGUUUACUGCUAAUGUGAGGGAAUGGAUGAAUCGGGACCCCAAAAAUAUUAUAGCAAUACACUGCAAAGGAGGGAAGGGUAGGACUGGGACUAUGGUUUGCACCUGGCUUAUUGAUAGCAACCAGUUUGAGAGCGCACAGGAAAGCUUGGAUUACUUUGGCGAGAGGAGAACUGAUAAAAGCACCAGUUCCAAGUUUCAGGGUGUCGAAACACCAUCCCAGAGUAGAUAUGUGGGGUAUUAUGAAAUCUUGAAAAACAAGUACGACUUGAAGCUUCCGCCGGAGAGACCCCUCAGGAUCAAAAGCAUUAAGAUUGCUGCUAUCCACGGAGUUGGGAAAGGCAAUGGGUCGGAUCUGAAAGUACAGAUCCUGAUGAGGAAGAAAGAGGUCUUUCAGUGUGUUUGUGGAACCCUAGAGAAUUGCAAGGUGUUUUUCGAUGGAGAACAUGACUGCGUAGUAAUUGGCUUGGAAAACUAUCCUGUUGUUUGUAAUGAUGUGAAAGUCCGAUUUGAAUCUACUUCUUCUGAUCUUCCAAAAGGCUAUGACGACUGUGCUUUCUUCUUUUGGUUCCACACCUCUUUUAUAGAGAACAACAGACUUUACCUCUGUAGAAACGAACUGGAUAACCCACACAAGCCGAAGAUGUGGAAGAUUUUCAGGGAAAACUUUGCCGUGGAGUUGAAUUUCACUAAACCCGAGCCCUGAGUGAGAAAUAGACUGUUUAAGUGGAAUGACUUGUCCUGUUUCUCAUCCUGUUUCCCUCCGGAAUCAUGCGUCUUUGCUAUUGCUGUGAAGUCUGUAGAGAUGGGAGCACCUUGGAAAUGAAUGUUGAUAUAAUCUGCCUCAUUUGUUUUUUUGUUUAGCUUCUAUGAUGAUUAAAAUAAUUAAUUUGC